CUCCUAUUUAAAUUCAGUGAUUUUGAGCAGGCAGACAAACUGGAGUCGGACAGCAACAGGGAAAGUGACACCCACGGUUUGUCCCUGUGUGACUGUUUACGUCCUGAAAAGAUUAAAAACAUAUAUCUGGCGUUUUGUACUUAUCGCGAUGUAUCCGGUCAGCGUGUCGAUCCCGUCGUUUCGUUCGGAAAACAACUCGAUCGAGAAAGGAUACACGGUCUUCAAAAUCGAUGUGUUGAUGAACGGCAGACAACACGCCAUCGAGAAACGCUACAGUGAAUUCCACGCUUUACAUAAAAUGCUGAAGAAGAGUAUCAAACCUCCAGAAAUGCCUUCAAAACAUGUCAGAAACUGGGUUCCCAAGGUCCUGGAGCAGAGAAGACAAGGUCUGGAGUUUUACCUGCAGACUAUAAUUAUGGAAAAUGAAGUGCUCCCAAAGAUAUUCCUGGAUUUCCUGAAUAUCCGCCACUUUCCUUCAGUGCCAAAAACAGAAAGCUGUGGGUCAUUGGAUACAGAAUCAGAGGAGUCCAGUAAACUUUCUCAUCAGCCGAUCCUGCUGUUUCUCAGAGACCCUUACCUUCUGCCUUCAGCACACGACUCGUUCUCCAACGUGGUCAUCGAUGGAGUGAUUCAUGGAAUCUUCUACCCGGACCUUCAACCCAGGUAGAAGUGAAGAAAACAGACACUAACUGUGUUUUCACACCAGAUCAGCACAGAGGGAAAAAAUUGAAGGAGAAAAUUGAGCCAGUUUUAACGUAGUACUGUUGUUGGGGAACGAGGAAGUGUCAGGAAACCACAGGGAGCCGCGGCUUUGUAUCCGCUGUGGUUGGAUUAACAGUGCGAGAAAAACAAACUGAAACUUUGCCUGUUGCCAUGCACUGACUGAGCCCUGUUUAAAUAAAAAAAAUCAUUUAUAAAAAUUAAUUCUUAAACAACCCUUACAGGUUUUUUAACUGUUUAAACAUAAAACCUGUCAUAAGUUUUUUUCCUGAUAAAUAAAUCAGAGCCACUAGGUGCCGCUUGUACACAGUCCAACCUGUAAACCUGUCGGCAGUGGAAGUGAAAGAACUCACAAGGCUAACGUUGUAAACAUCGUAAUCCAGAUGAUUAUUUUUGGUAUUGAUAGGGUUAAAUAAUGACUUUCUAGAAUCUGGUAGAAAACGCAGAACAUUUUUGUUACGUGUUUGUGACCUCAGAGGUGUAGCCCGGCCUGAGUGUAAAUGUGUAGUUCGAUAAGGUUAGCAUUCCAGUUAGCCAUAAUUUGCUAAUAUUAAUUUAAACAUGUAUUAUUUACACUAACCGAUAUAAGCCAAACUUUAACCGCGCCACGCUGGCUCUGCAGUAUCACAGUACAGUACCAAGUAUAUCCGAUAUCAAAACGUUUUGCCGAUAGCUUCAUCGCUUCAUUUCCAAUUCCGAUAUCAACCGACACCGAUUAUAUACGACUGUUUGCAGCGCACAUAAUUUACUUUCACUAAAAACAAUUUUUAGGUUACGUCAUUUAGGCGAAAUCCACGCAGAUUAAAAACCGAUAACAAUUCUUUCUGAUAUUACAUAAUUAUGCUAAUAUCAGUCCACCGAUAUCAUCUGACAUCACUAGUACUAUUAUUAUUAUUAUUAUUACUGGGGAUGUCUGAUAUUAACUUUUACGUUGAUACUGUCAUAUUGGCCAAACACUUAAUUUCCGAAUACGAUAUUAACAGAUAUAUGCAGCCGUUUAGGUUAAAGAGUUAAAUACCAUAGAUACGCUAACAUCGGACAUCCCUAAAACAAAAUCAACUCAAAAAAAAUCGUGACUCGUCUAACUAUUGUGUUCUGACUUUAACUGGAGGUAACUGAUCCCGAUCCUCCUCCACGUGUUGUGCUUCCCUCCCUUUGGUCCUAAUCUUUCAGUGGAGUGAUGUCACCUCCACAGUCUGUCGUCCAUUAGUAAACCACAACAAAGGGUUAAAUCAGAAUGCACCGGUUCUUCCUUCCUGUUAGGACUUGAUUGACAGUAGGUUUGAUCAUCAAUGGUAGAGAUGUCGUUUUUUUUUUUUUUUUUAAGCUGCUAGAUAACACAACUAAAGGCCAUUUUGACACAAUUUCACUGCUUUAACUGAAGGAAGUUGAGCCACUGAUGUGGGUUUCACCAGUGAAACAACUGUGGGAGAAAAAGAGAGACUAGUGGCAGAGCUUGUUAGUGCAAAAGGACACGUCGAGCCUGUAAUUAUUAUAAUUAAAUAAAAUACAUGUUGACAGAGUAUUUUAGAACGGACAAGCCGCACUUACUCCUCUGCUCUUCCUCCCUGUCAAUCCUCGUCCCACGUGGAACACGUGGAAGGAGGGAGCGAUGAGCUCAGAGCAGCCGAUCGGAACUAAUCACAGGGUUGAUCCGAUCCGCUCUCCUCAACCGACGCUAACGCUAAUUUCAACCCUGAACCACAAAAAAAAAACUUCUGAAAAACCUUCGCCUUCACUUCACUAACGCAGUCAUUCUGUGUUUGAUUUACUGUUUUUUCUUUCUUUUUUUUAAUAAUUAGAUUUUUUCUAAAGGGAAUUGAACACGUGGUGACGUGGUGCCUUGAAUGGAACCGUGUUGAAUCUGUGCAAUAUGACAAACAGGCAUUAGUUUGGUUCAAGUUCUCACUGGAACCAUGUUUACGUCAUGGACGGAACUAACACUCACGUUGUUUAUUUUUAUGUUGUUACUUCCUUUGGCGACAGUUCAGGGUUUUUGAAGUGUGGUUUCACCUGGUAGAAGUGGGCGGAGCCUCCUGUAGCAAAGAACAAUUCUGAUUUAAAAACAACAACAACAACACCUGAACAGUGUCGCCGUGUAUGGAAUGUCUUACAAAGUUAAGUUGAGUGUUCGGGCUUAGGUAUCGGAUCAGACAGGAUGUAGUUGGAUUAACCCUUCCUUACCCAGAGGUAGAGCUUAAAAAGAAGUCGGACUUUAAAGGAACACAGGAGAAAACCAGCAACUUACCUUUUUAUUUU